AUGAGCCGCUUCGUAGGCCCGUCUGGCCCUGUUGAGCAACUCCUCGUCAAACUCUGCAUGCAUCAUAAUAAUUGCUAAAGGCAACAACAAAUCAUCAAGAACCCUUCUUCCGUCGCCAGAUCGAAAGUGGAUUUGUUCUCCCUUACUUUCUUACUUCACCAGAGCUAGUUUUUUUUUUUUUUUUUUUUUACUGUUAACCUCGCUUACUAACCGAAUUGAACUUGGAACUCUUGAAAUAUUCCUUCAUUCUUUACUCGUUUACUCGGCUCCCUGUGAGUGUCGAAGUUCUGGAGCUUCCCCAAUGCCCGGCAGAAUCUAGCCGGUGAGGGUGAGGCAGCGUAGAAGGAAAUGGUUUUCCUUUCUUUCAUUUUUCACUUCUUUCCUGGAACUAACCAUCAAGCAAACGAGGGCUAGGGUUUUAAGUUCAGAAGCUUUGGGAUUGUUGUGGCUUGUGGGGCACAUUUGGCCUCGAUGAUCAGGGGAUUUUUGAAUUUGAAAGCGGUGAUGCUACGCAGCAACGUCUCAGCACGGCUCUUGAGAUUGACGACUCAAUCGUUUCAGUACAUCCAAACCCACGACACAUCUCCGCCUUCCGCUCGUCGCCGUUGCCAUCCAUCCAUUGCCAGCAUUCGACACUUCUCUGCCCGUUCGGCGGAGCCAAAUCGGUGGUCCGAGUUGGUCCGGGUGCCGAAGCUGGUGGAUGGGUGCGACUACGAGCAUUGGCUGGUGGUUGUGGAGCCUCCAAAGGGAUACCCCCUACGAGACCAAAUCGUGUGCCAGUAUAUCGCAACCCUAGCCAUGGCCUUGGGAAGCCAAGAGGAAGCAAAGAAAUCCAUUUACUCAGUAUCUACGAAGUAUUACUAUGCAUUUGGUUGCAAAAUCCCAGAAAAUUUGACACACAAAAUAAAAUCCUUACCCAAUGUAAGAUGGGUUCUUCCAGAUUCUUAUUUGUCUAAUGGUGAAAAUAACUAUGGAGGAGAACCAUUUGUUGAAGGUGAUGUAGUUGAAUAUAAGGAGAAGUACCACGCCAAUUGGUCACAUGACAAAAAUGAUGAUGAAAAUGAGGAGCGAAGUCUCUCAAGGAAAUCUAGAAGGGAAAAGAAAAAAUUGAAGUCUCUGCAAUAUCAAAGACUAAAUCUUUUGAACUAGAUGACCUCCAUAGAGAAGAAACUCCUUGUGCGCCUUGAUGGUCUGCGCCUGCCUGGAAGCAUUCUAGGCGCCCAAGAUGUCAUGGAAUGAUACUCUGCAUACAAUUGAAGGAGCAAGUUCCGAGAAUAUGAAAAGAAAGGCAGAUUUUUGGGAACAUAUAUGAAAUUUGAGGCAAGUGAUUGAUGCGGAUAUUAGAAGAUUAUUUUCAUUUAUCUUGUUUAAGUUUAUCUUUUGUUUAGAUGAUAAGAGUUAUAUUUAGAUUAGUUUUGUCCUGUUAUAUUUAGAUUAGGUUUAAUCUUUAAUAAGAUGACACUAUAGUUUGGAUAGGAUUCAAAAUUAUGUUUUAAGCUAGGAUUAGAGAUUAUUUUGCCUAUAAAUAGGCAGAUCACGUAUUCAGAAAAUACACCCUUUUAUGGUAUUGUUAUUCUUAUUUUUCUAGUUCAACAUUGCUUAUA